UAGAGUUAAAUGAUAAUGUGUUCUGUUCGAUAAAACAACUUUAUCGAGAGAUAACAUGAUUCAGUGCGAAAUCGAACGCGUCGAAAGGUGUUCCAUUUGAUAAAGAAAAUGAGCGAAAACCGAAUGGUGGUUGGAGACGAUGGAGUGCCGGUACCAGGCAGUCAUAUCAUCGAAGGAGGUAAUCACACACUCUAUAGCGGCGGGGUGCACAUCGUCGAACAUGUAAAUUCCGGGGGAGUGCACAUAGUCGAACACAACCCACACUACCCGUCUGGGGGGGUCAGUAUCGUGGAUCACAACCCACACUACCCUUCUGGAGGGGUCAGUAUAGUUGAUCAUGCCGACACCGUGCAUAUUGUGGACCAUAACCCCGACUACCCACACGGCGGGGUACACAUUGUCGACCACAAUCCAGAUCACAUCCACAUAGUGGAACAUUAUCCUACUGCUCGCACCGGCGAUGAGCCACUUCCACAAUGAAGAAAUUCAAAUACACCACAUUUUUAUAGGCAUGAAUAUUUUAAAUAAACUGCCUAAAAUAUAUUUUAAAAUUUAGAAUUAAAUGCGCAUAUCCUGGAGUAAUAAACAUAUUUUUUAUACAUAUGGUUAAGUGUAUUUUAAAAGCUAUACUAUUUUUUUAACCUCUUAACUGUUACAUAUUAAUAUUAUAAUAAAAUUAUUUUUUUACAAGAUUUUUUCAAAAAGCAUUGAUAGUACGCCUGUUCAAAAUUCAUAUCAUAAUUUUUAAUGAGCGUCAUUGCUAUACGCUUAUAGUUAGGCGUUCAUUAAUGUCAUGUUUUAUAUAAAGGAUCAGUUUUACACAAAGGGCACUUGGGGAACAUGUCUGAAGCUUCCGACGAGUGUUUCGAGAUACCAAAACCACAUAUCCUGUACAUAAAUAUGUUAAAGUUGUGUUGAUAUAAAUAUGUUUAAAUAAAGUUACUGUAUUUGUUCCAUCGU